AGAGCUGGCGGUCGGUGGCGGCGGCGGCGGCGGCGGCGGCGGCGGCGGCCAUGGCGGAGGUGGAGGCCGGCGGCGACGAGGGCCGCUGCGUGCGGCUGAAUGCCAAGCGGGCCCAGGAGCUGCUGGCCGACGUGGACACGGUGCUGUUCGACUGCGACGGCGUGCUGUGGCGCGGUGAGACGGCGGUCUCCGGCGCGCCCGAGACCCUGACGGCGCUGCGGGCCCGCGGCAAGCGCCUCGGCUUCAUCACCAACAACAGCAGCAAGACCCGCGAGGCCUACGCCGAGAAGCUGCGGCGCCUGGGCUUCGGCGGCCCGACGGGGCCCGGCGCCGGCAGCGAGGUCUUCGGCACGGCCUACUGUACCGCGCUCUACCUGCGCCAGCGCCUGACCGGUCUACCGACCCCCAAGGCCUACGUGCUGGGCAGCGUGGCCCUGGCCACCGAGCUGGAGGCCGUGGGCGUCUCCUGCGUGGGCGUGGGGCCCGAGCCGCUGCAGGGCGACGGCCCCAGCGCCUGGCUGGAUGAGCCCCUGGAGCCUGAUGUGCGCGCCGUCGUGGUGGGCUUCGACCCACACUUCAGCUACAUGAAGCUCACGAAGGCUGUGCGCUACCUGCAGCAGCCCGGCUGCCUGCUCGUGGGCACCAACAUGGACAACCGGCUCCCACUCGAGAACGGCCGCUUCAUCGCGGGUACCGGCUGUCUGGUCCGAGCCGUGGAGAUGGCCGCGCAGCGCCAAGCCGACGUUAUAGGGAAGCCCAGCCGCUUCAUCUUCGACUGCGUGUCCCAGGAAUAUGGCAUCAACCCGGAGCGCACCAUCAUGGUGGGUGAUCGCCUGGACACAGACAUCCUCCUGGGCGUCACUUGUGGUCUGAAGACCAUCCUGACCCUCACUGGGGUCUCCACUCUGCGGGAUGUGAAGAGUAAUCAGGAAAGUGACUGCCUGUCUAAGAAGAAAAUGGUCCCUGACUUCUAUGUUGACAGCAUAGCCGACCUUUUGCCUGCCCUUCAAGGUUAAAGAUUUAGUGUCUUUAAUCUCCAGAAUAAAAAAAAAUUGAAAAUCACCCAAAUUAAUAGGUGGGGCUUAAGCAUCACUCAGCUAGGUGGCUUCAAGUUUGCUUACUUGGAGUUAAGCAAAGGUACUAGUUGUUAACCUUGUAAGUAAAUGUUUGGGGGGUUGGAUUUUUACAAAUGCUUAUAUUUUAAGAUGCACUUUUAAGCUUGGAGGGCAUUGUGGGGGUCCUGGGCCUUAGGUGCCAAUUGGUCUUGCAGUUGGGUUCAGCAUAUGUCUAGGAUUCAGGUAACCUUGGGGCCUGCUAAUGGGACUGAGGUGGGUCUAGGGGUGUCAUGUAUUUUAUUGAAAAUUUCAGGGAUCUUGGGGAGGAGGGGCUGAUUAUUUUGACUGUUGUGAGAAACCCAGGGCCCCGUCUGUGUGGUCAUCAGCAGAGGAGCCUACUGCUGCCUCAGCCCCUCACCUGCAGGUUGGGAGUGGAGGAAAGGGCUGGUCUCAGGUGGUGGGGUGUGGGUGCUGCCCUCACCACCACCCCACACUUCCUUAAAAACCACUCUGAUGUCACAAUUGAGUGUAUGUUCCGUUUUAGAUACCCAGGGCUGCAACUCCUCAUGCACGAUUGUGCAGUUCUGUAAACUCAGCCUGGCUAAACCUCAUCUUUUCCAAAUGUGCAUAUAAACCCAGGUGACUUGGACUGAGCAUAUUGUUUGCUGAGCGCCAGGAGGGUAUGAAUGCCUUCGUUGAACUCUGGGCUGCCGUGCAGGGAGCUCAGAGCAGCAUUGGUACCAAAAGUUUUUUUAACUUUUGAACAACUUUGUCAGGUGGUGGAAUUGAAUCGUAAGCGUGUCGAUUAAUAGCUGUGCUCUGUCUUGUAGGGAAAAUCCCACUGAAGAAGUCUCCGUGCCCCGCAGCCAGCAGUAUGGCCAAAGGCAUGUGCUGGCUAAGGAAUGCUUGUCACCCAAGGCUCCCUCUGGGUAGAGGAGGAAAGAGGUGUCCCUCAAAACAGGAAGUCGUUUUACAGAGCAUCCAGUCUUUUCCUGUCUUGGUUGGGAUGGGUGUCAUAUGUCAAUGGUCCAUGAGGCCACCUAUUUUGACCCUGGAGUCCCUUGUCAGUUGCCAUCUGGAGGACUGGAAGGGUCCACUGGCUAGCCAAGGGUUUUUGGCAGGGGGCCGUGCUUUUUCUGCCUGUUCCCUAAGUUGCUGACCGUUGAGAAUAGGCCUGAUAAGCAGACUCUCUGGCCGCACUUGUAGGGUAGGGCCUGGGAAGCUGUUCCUUUUGGCCGACUCCUUCCUGGUGCCUCGCCCUGCACCCAGUGGCAUCUGCCCAGAUCCUGUGACUUUUCUCCUAGCCCCAGGGUCACAGUGCUCCUUCAUUAACUCUCGUAAGAGUGCUUAGAGCAAUAAAGGGUGUCCUGAGCCUCCAGCUCCCCCCAGGCCUGGGUGUCUGGGGUUCGGACUCUGCCGUGGGCAACACGAGGGCAGCGGGCGCCUGUGAGGUUGGUGGUGCUGACGUUGGCUCUGCGAGGUCGGCUCAAGGUGGGUCAGGUUAUUGAGCAGGCCUGUCAGGGCGUUGUCACCCACACCAGGAACACGCGGCAGGUGCAGCAGCCAGCAACACCUCCCUUUUCUGCUGGGCGGCGGCCCGGGAGCCCUGUGCAUCAUGUCUACACCCCAUUGCACUGUGUGAACCCAAAGGUAUAUUAAACUCUCAAACCCCAGCUGACUCUGGUGUUCCUCGCUCUCGCCUAGACAGCAGCCUUCACACAGGGUGCAGCUGUCUCACCACAGCUGGGCAGUGGAAAGGGCAGCAGGGCCGGGUACAUUCAGUACAAGGCCAUUCUGGGAUUCCAAUUCCAGAGUUGGGACGCUGACCACAGCAACUCCACCCCAUUUCAGGCCCACUGCAGGGAGUCAGGUUCUGAAGAAUCAGGAAAAACAAGGGACAAAGAAAGUAUGAAAGGGCCAUGGGGUAAAGCCGGUUAAGGAAUGCACUUCCUGAAAGCUGCCAGUGCUGAGGGCCAGUAACUGUUGGGAUCCACAGCAUCAAGCAGCUAGAAAUGCACGGCACCAGUCAGAGAAAGCCACGCUGGGCAGGGCAGGGGUCAGUGGACAUGAGGCUGACCUAACCAUCCUGGGGCGUGCAGGAGAUUUCAGGAAGCUGUCCUCACCGCAGUGGAGCCUCCUGGAAGCCAUCCUGGUCUCAGGCAGGCACCUACCUGGGGGAGUGCCCUGUGUUGGUGGGGGCUGGGAAGCAGCUGGGAGCAGCUGGGGUGCAUGGGGAGGAAAGGGAAGUGGCACAGAGUCCCAUGCCUGUCAUUCAUGAAACAGGCACUUGUUAAUGGUCUGCUGCGUGCCAGGCCCUGUACCCAGUCCUGGGAGUGUAGAGGUAACCUGAGAGACUAGAAACAGGCUUCUUUAGGAAAAAUUAAAUCUGCCCCCAACUAGACUCCCUAUAUAAAGUCGGCCAGGCCUCAGCUGCUCUCUGUGCCAGCCGCUGGGUCCUGACUUCCACAGUGGCCACGCUCUCGUGACCUCCCGUGACCAUGUGUGCUCUGGUCUGCACAGGCCAGGUGUUGGGAGAGCCAGGCACAGUGACGAGCAGCCUCCCCAGGUGACCUGUCUCUGACCCGGAUAUCAGG